AUGUCUGGCCAACGCACUGGUAGCAACCCUCGUUCUGGGUACCAGCAUGUGGUAGGCAUGCACUAUGCGGUGGGACCCAAGAUCGGCGAGGGUUCCUUUGGUGUCAUAUUUGAAGGGCAGAACAUCUUGAACUCCAGCGACGGCAGGCAGGGCCAUGGGAGUGGGAGUGGGAGUGCGCAUGGGAGCGGGAACGGGAAUGGGAACUCACUGGCUGGGUUCCCAGUUGCCAUCAAGUUCGAGCCUAGGCACUCAGAUGCGCCUCAAUUGAGGGACGAGUUUAGGGCAUACAGAAUACUGAACGGGAGCAAAGGUAUACCGCAUGCGUACUACUUCGGACAGGAAGGAAUGCACAAUGUCCUUAUCAUCGACCUCCUGGGCCCAUCACUUGAGGAUUUGUUUGAGUGGUGUGGGAGGAAAUUCUCGAUCAAGACAACAUGUAUGCUGGCUAAACAGAUGAUUGAAAGAGUACGAAUCAUUCACGACCACGACCUAAUAUACAGAGAUAUUAAACCAGAUAACUUCCUAAUUUCCGAGUUUCAGAAAGCAAGUAACAACAAUGGCGAAUGUGUUAAAUACUGCGCUCAGUCGGCAGGUGGAGAUCCUAAUCUUAUCUACAUGGUGGACUUUGGUAUGGCUAAACAGUACAGAGAUCCCAGAACAAAACAACAUAUACCGUACCGCGAAAGGAAGUCAUUAAGCGGGACAGCAAGAUACAUGUCUAUCAAUACACAUUUUGGAAGAGAACAAUCCAGAAGGGACGACUUAGAGUCUCUGGGGCACGUAUUUUUUUAUUUCUUGAGAGGCUCUUUGCCUUGGCAAGGGUUGAAAGCUCCAAAUAAUAAACUUAAGUAUGAAAAGAUUGGUCUAACGAAACAAAAACUAAAUCCCGAUGAACUAUUACUAAGCAACCAAAUACCGUCUCAGUUUGCUACUUACCUGAAAUAUACUCGCUCAUUAAAAUUUGACGAAGACCCAGAUUAUGAUUAUUUAAUAUCUUUGAUGGAUGGUGUACUACUAUCAAAAGGUUACAAAGACGAUGGCCAUUACGACUGGAUGGACCUUAACAAUGGUGCUGGAUGGGAUAUACGAGUCAAUAAGAGAGCUAAUCUACACGGCUACGGGAAUGCGCAACCAAGAAAUAACAAUAAUAACAACAAUGGUGCAAAGAAUAAUGGAAAUACAGGACGACAAAGAAAUGACUCGAAAAGAACAUCACAACAACAACAAGUACAACUGGCUCAGACAGCCAUGCAUAGCGCUAAAAAUAAAUUAGCAACUCCAUCAAAACAAAAAGAGGCAAUGUCUACCGACAAAAAGCAUCUCUCGAACCUAUCAGAGCACAGUUCGGAUGUAAUAUAUCACACACUGACACAACCUAACAUGAACCAAGGAUACGAUUCAAUGGGUACACAAGAUAGGAGGAAAUCGCAGUCACAACAUAAAUUGCAGACAAAGAGGAAGAACUCAAGGGCACACAUGCAAUACCAAAAGGGAUCCAACAAUGCGAAGGAUAAUUUCUUUAAUGAUCAACAACAGAGAUAUGAUUCUGCAGUAGAAAGAUACUCAAUCAAAUCUGAAAAGGGUUUGUGCGCUAGAAUAUGCUGUUGUUUUUUCUAA